UCCUCCUCCCACCUCGAAAAUGGGUGCCUUUUUAUCAUCAAGGAGGACCAGAAAUAGAGAAGAAACAGAGCAAGACCCGUCUCUCCCUUACCUCGUCUCUCCAGGAGCAAAAGAGAGAGGAGAAGUCCAAUUCAAGUCCAUGCAUCCAGAGCCUGUAAGCGGGCUCUCGGUUGCAAAUUCCUCGACUCUCAUAUCUUGGUCAACAAACACAUGGAUCUACGUGUACGACUGGACCCAGCAUUCCAUUUUAAACGAAUUCUAUAUGCCUCAAAAAGCUGCCGUAAAGGUUGUCUAUAAUCCGACGUCACAAUGGUUGCUCGCUGGUGGUAGGUGUGGUCAGAUUUGUGGUUGGAAAUGGCCGAUGGGCUCUACCAGUGUCGUUCUCGUACCUCCCUCCAUUACACUGGCUAAGCAUUCGCUGUCAGUUACGGGGCUAGCGUCGAACAAGUUUCACAGUAACUUGCUGGUUUCAGGAUCUCGGGAUAAUUCUGUUCACAUUUGGGACGUUGAGACUCAGAAAUCACUAAGACAUCAAGAAAUAUCACGCAAUCUUGUUACAGAUAUGAAAUGGUUAGGAGGCGAAGAAGGCGACAGUAACACUUCGUCUUGUGUCCUUCAAUCAAGUGAAGAUAAAACCCUCAGAGUAUGGGACGUCAAUACAUGCUCUGUUACACAGCAGACUCCGCCCAAAAAACAUAUACAGUUAUGUUGUACAUCAGAUCCUAAUGGAUACUAUUUGCUUGGAGGGAGUGGAGGGCAUGGACAAGGAGAAGGGGCUGAACUAACACUAUGGGACAGGAGAGUACUGAGUAAGGGCCCACUUAAAGAAAUGGUUGGUCACAAGGGAAGUGUAAAUGGCUGCCUCUUCCUUGAUAACGACUCGUCCAACGACAAACUAGUUGCUUCCUGUUCCAGCGACAGCACUGUCAAGAUAUGGAGUACAACAACUGGAGGUUCUGUUUUGAGCGAGUACAUUGGUGGAGGGGCAGGGCCGGUAUCAGGAAUAGUCAGUCCCAGUCCUGAAACACUGGCAGCUAGUACAUUCAAUGAAGGUGUGUAUGUUUGGAAGCUGGUUUCUGAUUCAUCAAUGGAGCUAAGACUGAGGUCUAAAUAUUAACAAGAGUGCAUGGCUACCCGAUCACUUAAAUCAGAAUCGAUAUUGUCAUUGUAAUUUAUUUUUUGAUAAUAAUAUGGGAAUGUUUUAAAAGAGCCAUUCAAUUAUA